AUGGAGCUGGGGAGCGCCGUUUCGGCGCACAGAUGCAGCAGCUACACCGCCACCUACACCCACUGUUCCAUAGGCUUCUCCCCUCGGGUCCGCACCACCAGCUGGAUCCGCGCGGCGGCUGAGGGCGACGGCGGCGGGGCAGACCGGCGACGGAGAGGCGCCAGCUUCGCCGCCGAUGGGCCCAGGGUCGUCGAGGUGACUGCUGCCCCCGUGGCUACUAGCGGCGGAGGCGCCGGCGGAGCAGCCGGGAGCGCGGGGUUCGGAGCGCGGGACGCCGAGCUCGCCAUGUGGGACAAGCUCGGGGCGGUCGUCAGGCUCAGCUAUGGCAUUGGGAUCUACGGGGCCAUGGCGCUCACCGGGAGAUUCAUAUGCCAAAUGGCCGGGAUUGACUGCACGGGGGGCUUCCAUCCAUCUCUCACGGCACUUGUCGAGGGGCUUGGUUAUGCAGCUCCACCAAUCAUGGCUCUGCUCUUCAUCCUUGAUGAUGAAGUUGUCAAAUAUUCGCCUCAUGCGCGUGCCAUCCGUGAUGUGGAGGAUGAGGAGCUUCGCAGCUUCUUCUAUGGCAUGUCACCUUGGCAGUUCAUCCUCAUCGUGGCUGCUAGCUCAAUUGGCGAGGAGCUGUUCUACCGUGCAGCUAUUCAGGGAGCAUUGGCUGAUAUUUUCCUGAGAAGCACGGAGCUAAUGAAAGAUGCUCGAGGGAUUGCGUCACUGAGUGGUAUUGUUCCUCCUUUAGUUCCAUUUGCUCAAACGUUCGCAGCAGUCAUCACUGCAGCCCUCACAGGAACCCUCUACUAUAUCGCCACAGCUCCGAAAGACCCUACGUAUGUAGUGACACCAGCAAUGCGUUCACGCACAGGGCGGGAGAACCUAAAAAAACUAUUUGCAGCUUGGUACGAGAGGAGGCAAAUGAGGAAGAUAUACUCCCCACUUCUAGAAGGAAUCUUGGCUUUCUACCUUGGCUUCGAAUGGAUCCAGACCGACAAUAUCCUCGCACCUAUGAUCACCCACGGCAUAUACUCCACCGUUGUCCUUGGCCAUGGGCUCUGGAAAAUCCAUGACCACAGGAGAAGGCUACGGCAACGGAUUCAGCAGGUCAGAAGUCAAGGGAGCAGCUCAGACACAUUGUAA